AUGUACACCAAAGUCUCUUUAUCUAAAGGAAUUUAGAGAUUGACUUCCAAUUCUUUUUCAAUUCCUUUAAUAAAAUAAUAAAGUAUUUCUUCCUCAUUGUCAUAAAUCUAAAAGAAAAUCAAUCGAAUUACAUACUUUUGCACUCAUCCAUUGAUUAAGUUUGUAUUAUCUCUUUGA